GAUGGUGACUAGACGCAAUUGUGAAGCAAACAUUUCAAAAUUUUCAUAUUAAAUUAAUUGAUAGAUAAACAAAGAAAGGCGUACCAACAAUGUCUCACGUACCAAUUGAGGUUGCUGAAGAGGAUGCAGCUGAUUUGAUAUUUCCUGAAGAAUUCAAAAACGCUGAAGCAUUGAUGAUCAGCGAAGUGUUCACCCUGUUGGAUAAGCGCAAGAAAGAAAAUGAAUCGCGUGACGAAGAAUUGGACCUGUCAGAGGUUUUUUUGAAAACAAUCACGUACACCGAUCUCUUUCGGAAGUUCAAGAACGUUGAAACAAUGGUCGCCGUUCGAAGUCUUCUGAAUCAGAUGAAAUUGCACAAAUUCGAAUUAGCUGUGUUGGGCAACCUAUGUCCAGAUGCACCAGAAGAAGCAAAAGCAUUGAUUCCAACACUUGACCGCUUCACCGAUGAGGAGGUACAAGUACUCUUGGAUGACAUCGGCACAAAACGCAGCCUGCAAUAUUGAGCUGACUUUGUAGCCAAGCAGUAUUGAAUCAAAAAUAUGAUUAAUUUUCAAGUACUGAAUGUUUUUCUUUUCAUAU